CCACACUUCAACGGGUCAGGGGUUUUUUAAUUUAUAAAAUUAAAAAACUUUAAAAACUUAUAUUUCAAAUACUUUUAAAGGUUCUGCACCGAGUUAAUUACGUUACUUCUGUUUCAUAUCACGAAAAUGAGAACAGUGGGACCAGAGUUAUGGAGAAAUACAGAAAGAAACAUGACCUAUCAAGGGAAUACGAGUAUAACGCGGGUGCCAUCACAAUAUCACAUUCAUCAGUUCAUCACAAUGAAAGCAUUAUUGUUUAAUGUUUAUAUAAUAUUAUGUCACAAGGUCUAUAAUGGUAUGUGCUGAUGAUAUAUAAGCAAGAUCGUGCAGCGAACAAUGAUUACCGUCUGUGUCCGCACCAUAGAUAAAGGUAUUUAUUAUCUAUGGUGUUCCGCCCCCUCGAAAUUUGUUAUCUUUACUUUGCCGCCAAUAUUGGAUGCGGCCAUACAGGCAUGCGACGACCAUAACACAGAACAUUAGUAGACCCAUAGGUAUAAACAAAAAAUUAAUAUAUCCAAAACGCCGAGUAAAUGAAAAUAAAUGAGUAAUGAAUGAAGACCGCCGCAAUUAUUGUGUGUUUUAUCAUUUUAUACAUGUGAUGGUGUCGGUCAGUAAAAUUCUUCGCCGGCUGCCCAUAGAUGGCAUAGAUAAUAACACCACAGAAUAUGGAUAAUAUUUUUGAUGAAUCGAUUCUAAAUUUAAUUCUGAUUGUUUUGCUUCUUUGUCGUUCAGUCUGGCCGCCUGGGCACCUAAAGCGCGCAUCCUCGUGACCACGUUCGACGAAUGACGAAUCGUUAUUCAGCGGAUCUUUACGGAUUCCGAUAAUCCUCGUUUACUUUCACUCUGUGAUAUUUUGAAAACGUAAAUGAAGAAUUGAAGAAUUAGAAUUAUUACUGAAAGCGUUACCUGUGAACUGUGAAGCCAUGUCUCGUUCCUAUUAAAUAAAAUAGAACAACCAAAGUAAAUAAUGGAGAAAUCAUUGGUUCCUCAUAAAUAUGCUAGUAAUGACCUUUAUGUUACGCAUGCCGAAUUUCAAGGAUGUUUCAUAAAAAUUUGGGCUAACUUUUAUUCUCAAAAAAGAACAAAUUUAGAAAAAAAUGUACAAGAUUAUGAAAAUUAUUCGAGGGAAUGUAAUAAAUUGGACUUAUUUGGAAACAAGUUAUAUGUAUAUACUUGGAAAACUGAUUAUGAAUCAAGAGUAUAUAGAUGUCGAAUUAUAUAUUCAGAUUUAGUAGCCAAAACUCACUCUAUAGUACUCAUAGAUUAUGGCCGAACUAUGGUGGCAUCAUUUUUUGAUGUAAGAGAAGUAAUCCAAGAUGUAGAUCCUUCUUUUUUAAUUGAUUUGUGUCAAAGAGCUACAGUGUACACAUUUUUGCUGAGUACAUUUAUAAGUAAACCAAAAUCAAAUAAUGACUUAAUUAAUAUUUUGUGUAAUAAAUAUUACAAAUAUCGAAGAGACUUUGAAGUUGGUGGUAUCACAUUUGUAUCAUUAUUUGAUGUUGACAAAUUAUUAAUUGACAAAGGCGUAGCAGAUAAUAUCAAUUUGGCAACAAUGAUCACUAUUGCUAAAAGUAUGGAGUCUACAAUUGAGUUAAACAAUAAAAAUGAUAUGGUCAAUAGUUGCCCUAUUAAUAGUAACACUUUAGGAUAUGGUUCUUUCCUACGGUCCCAACAUUUAGAUUAUGUAACUUUAAUUGAUAUAACUGUCACAAGAGUUGUUAUGGAUAACUCCUCAGUUCUCCUAACAGUCCAGACGCUUGAUAAUGAAUCUGAAGCAUUAGCUAAUAUGUUAAACUCAAUUGACAGACAAAAUUUAAAACUUGCACCUGUUCUUGAAGUGUACACUCCUUGUUUGAUUGUUUAUCAUAACAAAUUGGUUAGAGCUAUAAUUUUAGAAGUAAAAAUUGAUAAAUUGUACAUUGAUCUAGUUGAUUAUGGAGUCAAAGAAUUGGUACCUAGGACUGCAGUUUUUCAAAUACCUUCCAAUUGCUAUUUAAUUGAAAUGCGGUCUUUGAAUGUAAUACUAGACAAGCCAAAUGAUACUAUCAUAAACCAAAACAUGUUUAUUCACAAAUAUUUUCAAAUGUUACCAUUGAAAAUGGAUCCUAAUUUUGGUUUAUACAAAGUUAAAUUAUUCAAGAAAAUGAAUGAAGAGCUUAUUGAUAUAUGCAAAUUAUCAAAAAGUACUUAUGAGCAAGAUAUGUUUUCAAUAACAGAAAUAAACGACGAGAUUAAAAGCAUUGAAAAUAAUACUGAAAUUAAUACAACAUCAAUAAACCAACCUGAUUGUAUUCAAAAUGAUAAAAAAAAUACAAAUCUUAAAGAAAUAGUAAGCAUAGAUUCUGAAAUUAAAAAAAUCAGAAAUUCAGAAAUUAAAGAAAUCAUAUAUCUGGAAGCAGUAGAAAAAGAACCAGAAGUUACAAAAAAUAUAUUGCCUAUUAUGUCCUUAAGGAAAGAAACUUUAAAUGACACAAAAGAGAUUAUUGGUUCAUUGAUUUUUUACAAAUCACCAUUUAACUUUUGUGUGAGACAAUACAAUCCAAAUUUUGAACCUUUUAUGAAUCAUAUUGAAUCCGUAUUAGAUUCUCGUUAUAUUUUGAAAAAAUGUGAACUUGUGAAAAAUAUGUAUGUUAUUUAUCAGAUUCAAUCAAAUAAUAUAUAUCGUGCUAAAAUAAUUGACAUGGAUUCUGGAAUUGAAAAGAUUAAAUUACAAUUAAUUGAUGAAGGUAAUAAAAUAAUCAAUGAACAUUUUGACAAAAUCAUAUUGUACAAUUUUGUUGAAAGUGAUUGUAAUUUACCUGAACAAUUAGUACUAAAUUGUUCAUUAAGUGACAUGUGGUUUCCUGUUAUAAAUUUUGAUACUACAUUAGUAUUACAACCACACUUCAAAAUAGGACAACUGUAUAAAAUUCUGAUUGUAAAAACUGACGAAUCUGGUACUAAUGUAGUUCAGAUGAUUCAUAAAGAUACCCAUGUUGAUGUUUCUGAUGCUAUACUUCAAUCUGGAAUCGGGCAACGUUUAAAUGCUGCUAUGAAAACUGAUGAAAAUCCAUACGAAGAAAACCUAUUAAUAGGUCAAAGUUUUCUCUCUUAUGUUUAUAAUUAUCACCUAAAAAUAAGCAUUCAACCCGAACCAAAUACUGUUGAUGAACUAGAAGAAGAGAUUCUAAAACACAUCAAUGAAAAUCCUGAUUCUAAAUCAAAUGAUAUUGAUUAUUUACAAAAUGCAUAUUGUUUGGCAACGGUUGAUAAUGAACAAUGGUAUAGAGCUUAUAUAAAAAACAUCAAUGAAGAUUCUAUCAUAGUGAACAUGUUUGACAUUGGCUUAUUAACUGAUGUGCCUUUUAAUCAGAUUCGAUCAAUUACAAGUAAUUUAUUGAGAAAACCCCAGCUUUGUUUGAAUUGUCAUUUAGAAACUAAGCACUUAGAUGUAAAAAUCACUGAAAAAACAUUGUAUAAUGUUACAGUAAAAUCCAUUGAUUCUAACGGAAUAUUGUGUAUCAAUAUUAAAGAACAUAAUUCUGCUCCACUUUCCACUCCAAUUGUUCGCGGCAUUGAGAAAAUAUCAUUUUUACAUGUUGAUGGUGACUUGACUUACUUGCAGAGAUCUCAAGAUAUAUCAAAAGUUGAACAGAUAUCUGAAAAUCUAUCAAAACUUAAUGGUAAAUUAGAAAAUAAAGCUUCCAUAAUACCUGGAGACAUAAACAUGUUUGAAAGCCAUGGUAAAUAUUAUAGAUGUGUAGUUAAAUCAAUUAAUUCUAAAAUGGUUGUUGUACAUUGCAUCGACUUUGGUUAUGAAAAACAAAUAGAGAAGAAAAAAUUACAAUAUUUGGGACAUAAUAAAAUAGCAUUGUUACCAGCACUUGUCAUCACUGUUAAAACAUUCCCAAUGGCAUUUAAUAUGUCUAGAACAAUGUUCCUAGCCAAUAUGCAUGUAGACCAAGAUGGAACACUUAAUGCUUUGCCAAACAAAAUGACAUCAAUACAUUCACAAAACAAAUUAAUGGAAACCCUUGAAAAUGGAUGUUUAGUGAAAGUCACAUGUGUUAACUCAGACAGUGACUGUUGGAUUGUUCCUUAUUUACUUAAUGAUAGGCUUAAGAUUAUUUCAAAUAUUCUUGUAAAAAUGCAAUCAAAAAUGAUACCAGCUGUGACAGAAAUUGGUUCAAUGUGUGCUGCAUUACACUCGGUAACAAAAAAUUGGUACAGGGCUUUGAUAAUGGAUGUUGAUAAAGGUACUGCAAACGUUUUGUCAAUAGAUACAGGUGAACGGUUUAAAGCAUUAAAAACCACCAAAUUGGUUAGUGAAAUUCAGAAAAUACCAAAUUGUGCCUUGCGCUGUCGAGCAAUUUCAAAUGUAGACAUUAAUACACUUUUAAACAAAGAUGUUGAAUGUAAGCUGAUGUCUUAUACACAGUCUCUACUCGAGGUUACAUUAUUUACAAAUGACAUAAACGAAUCAGAAAUUACUUCUACUGUGUCAAUUAUGGAGUGGUCUAUUUCCAUCAAUAGGUUUGAAUCAUUUAAUGAGUUUUAUGUCAAAAAAGUCCAAUGUGAUUCUAAUAAUGAAAUUUCAGACAUACAAUUAAAUUCUGUUGCUAAUAGCUUGGAGGAUUUUCCACAACUGCCGCCUAUUGGUACACUAGUUGCAGCAUUAACUGAUAAAAAUAACGGUGUAUGGUAUAAGGCUGAAAUGUUAACUCCCGUUAUAACAAAUUUAGUUGUUCGGAUCAUUAAUGAUGAUACUAUUUGCAAAGCGAUAAAAAUAAAAGUUCUACCAAGCAUCUUUUGUGAUGAAAAAUUGUAUUUUAACUGUUGCCUGGAACAAGAAAUUGUGGAUGUUAAUAUUAAUGAUCCCCUGAAUUUUGAUGUUAUCUCAGAAAUGAUGAUGAAAUAUAAAUGGAUAAUGAAAACAACAAGUAACACUGAACCAUAUAGAGUGACAUUGACUUAUGAUGGUGUAGAUUGUAUUGAUAUGUUAUAUACAAUUUUAACUACUGAUAACCAUAGCAUUUAUGAAAACCAUAAAAUAUCAGAAAAUGAGACACAAACUUUGAAAAACGUAAUUAAUAAUGAUUUAGCAAAUUCAACUUUAGAAAAUUCAUUAAAUAACAAUACAAAUAAUACUAGUAAUAAAAAUGAUUUAAUUUUACCUGUAGUAGAAACUGUGGUUAUCAAGCAUGUUGACACAUUCCAAUAUUUUUAUGUGCAUUCUGAGAGUUUGUCAACAAUGUAUAUGUCUCGGAUCAAUGAAGCCUUAGAUCUUUGCAUAAUUGAAUUAUCUUUAAAUGAUAUUAUAGUUGGUUCCAUUGUGGUUACAUUUAGUCUUCAUUUUAACCGUUGGUGUAGAGCAAAAAUAGAAAGUAUCCUAUCUGAUAGUACCAGUGCUCAUUGUUAUCUAUUGGACUUAGGUGACUAUGAAGAAUGUAAUGAAUUCUAUAAGCCAACAGAAUUUCUUUACAAGUGUCCUCCACUAGUAAGACGCUGUUCAUUGUAUGCACCAAAAUUAGCAGGCCAAGAAAAUGAAAUUUGGUUUCCCAAUGUUAAUGAUAUGUUCAAAGAUAUGUUAUUAAUUGAUGGUAUUAAGUUUGAUAUGAUUAUAAAAACUGAGGGAGAUCCUUAUGUAGUAUCUUUACAGCUAGCAAAUUCUGACGUUGGUGAAAUGUUAGAUCCUCUUUACGUUAAAUUGAUUAAUGUCAAGUCUUUUACUGAUUUCAAAAUUAAACCAAUAUCUAGCGAUCAAGAAUGUAUGACCAAAAUGUUGGACAGCUAUAUUAGUAAGACAAAAUUGGAACAGGUAGAAAACCCUAAAGUUGAUGAGUUGUAUCUUACUAAAAUUGAAUCAAAAUAUGUACGUGUUAAAUUUAAAUCUUUUAGCGGUUCUAAAUAUGUAAUCAUUGAUAUAGAUGAUACGCUAAAUGUUUUGUUUGUAACAAAUUUAUAUGAACUACCAGAAAAUAUACGCAGCAUUCCUAUCUUAUGCAUGUCCUGUUCCUUGAUUCUCGAUGAUAAUGAAGAAAAGUAUAGUCUGAGCAAGUUCCAAAAGUUAGCAAACCCUCAAGUGACCUUCAUUAUGUGCAUAAUCACAGAAAAUGAUGGUACAACUCCUAAUCUAGUUAGACUUUAUCUUGACAACAAAGACGCUCUUGAUUUUAUAAAAUUAUAAUAAUUGAAGUAUUCAAGUAUGUUAAAUUAAUUUAAUCAAAUUUUAAAGUACAAAGUUUUUUAAUUUUAAUUUUUUUUUUUUUUUUUUUACUGCAAUUCAAAAAAGUUAUUGUCAUAUUAUAAAAAUUAAUUUAAUUAUUUUAUUAUUUUAUAUUAUACUUAUUCAUGUUAUAAGAUUUGAAUUGUUAUACUUAUGUUAAUUGUUAAUUUAUAAACAAAGUUUUUGGAA